UCCACAUUGUCUGACCUCCGCAAACUCAGCCGCUGCCUCCCCGACGGUAUGCUCGUAUUUUCUGACGUGUUUGACUUUCACCUCAGCCAAGCGGUGCCGCGGAGGAAACCAGGCCCGACAUGACUGUUUCGGGGCGAGAGAAGAAAGGCCACCGGCAGGGGCGGCUGCUUCUCCAGUUGGAGGUGGGGUGGGCUGCGGCUUGCUACGUUGUGCUGUUCGCUCUGUGCUCGUUGUGCUACAGCAACUCUCUCUACGGGGAGUUAGUGCACGAUGAUGUGUGGGCUAUCGUAAACAAUCCGGAUGUCCGACCGGGAUCCAGUUUGUGGAACAUCUUCAGGAACGAUUUCUGGGGUAAAAGGAUGGCGGACAACACUAGCCACAAGUCCUACCGACCUUUGUGCAUCCUUACCUUCAAGUUGAAUAUCCUACUGGGUGGCAUGACGCCUCUGUAUUUCCAUAUCAUAAAUGUGUGCUUGCACUGCACCGUUACCUGCCUGCUUAUGUACACAUGUGAACGUUGCGUGUUUGAGAACCCAUGCCUGGCUUUCAUCACGGCACUCCUCUUUGCUGUGCACCCUGUUCACACGGAGGCGGUGUCUGGCAUUGUGGGCAGAGCUGAUGUCUUGGCUUGUCUGCUGUUCCUGCUGACAUUCCACCUCUAUAUUAGGAGUAUAGAUGAAUGGGUCUCCGAAGACUCGUUCCCUUCCACUGUGUCUCCAGGGUCUCUGCUCAUCAGCUUGUUUUUGGGUACCUGUGCAAUGCUGGUCAAGGAAACAGGAAUCACUGUGUUUGGAGUGUGUCUGCUCUAUGAUGCUCUGGUGCUGUGCCGCAAGCCUCUCACACAUCACCUUUGGAAUUCUAGACUCAAGGACUUCCCCCACUUCUGCACUCCCUUCAUUAAACGGGCUUGUCUUAUCUCUGGCUAUGUGGUGAUGAUAAUGUCAGUUCGGCUAUGGCUCAUGGGAGGAUCCAUGCCUCUUUUUUCAGAACAGGACAACCCUGCCUCCUUUUCACCUCAUCUGCUUACCAGGUUUCUCACCUACUCAUACCUGCUGUCCUUUAAUGCCUGGCUGCUGCUGGCUCCCAUUGUGCUGUGCUAUGACUGGCAGGUGGGCAGCAUUCCCCUUGUGGAAUCUGUGGGUGAUGUCCGCAACGUGGCCACCAUACUGCUUGCUUCAGUGAUGAUUGCUCUCUGCUUGCACUGCCUCUUCUCACUAAAGAGGCAGGAGAAAAAUGAGGUGUUGGUUGGAAUUUGUUUUCUUGUAUUUCCCUUCAUUCCUGCCAGUAAUCUUUUCUUCAGAGUGGGAUUUGUUGUGGCUGAGAGAGUUCUAUACAUGCCCAGUAUGGGGUAUUGUAUCCUUGUGGCUGCUGGUCUAGGCCGACUCUUUUCAGUUGCAGGCCGCUGGGGAACCACACUCCUCAGAGUCUUCAUUUUCCUGCUGAUCCUGUUCUUCUCCUGGAAAACUGCCCAACAGAACACAGUCUGGCUCUCCAGGGAAGCUCUCUUUCGCUCUGGUUUCAAGACUCUGCCUCACAAUGCCAAAGUCCACUACAACUAUGCCAACUUUCUAAAAGACAAUGCUCGACAUGAAGAAGCUAUUUACCAUUACAACAGUGCCCUCAGGUUAUAUCCCCGUCACGCCAGUGCCAUGAACAAUCUGGGAACUCUGACUGGCAGCCCAGAUGAGGCAGAGCGUUACUACAGGAAAGCCUUGGAGAUAAACCCUCAUCAUAACCGGGCUCUUUUUAACCUGGGAAAUCUUCUCAAGUCCCAAGGAAAGGAGAAAGAAGCUGAGACACUGUUGAAAGAAUCCAUCCACUAUGGUCCACAUUUUGCUGAUGCUUACUCCAGUUUGGCAUCUCUAUAUGCUGAGCAGAAACGAUUUGCUGAGGCAAACGAAAUGUAUUUGAAUGGGAUAGAAAACUGCCCAGACAACUCCGACCUACAUAACAACUAUGGUGUUUUCUUGGUAGACACAGGAGAAGGGCAUCUAGCCACUGCUCACUAUCAGGAAGCAAUACGACUUAAGCCAGCACAUUAUGUUGCUAUGGUGAACCUGGGCCGUCUUCUACGGUCAUCCAAUGAGAAUGAGGAAGCUGAGAUGUGGUACAAGAGGGCUCUGAUGGUUACCAGGAAAGUUGACAUCCUGACUCCCCUUGGAGCGCUGUACUACAACACAGGCCGCUAUGAGGAGGCACUGCAUGUGUACAAAGAGGCUUCUACCUUACAGUCAGACAGUACUGAUAUCUGGCUGGCUUUGGCUCAGGUCCUGGCCAUGGCUGGGCGGAGCUCAGAAGCAGAGAAGAUGACCUCGGACAUCAUCUCCAGAGAGCCCACCUGUAUCGAAUGUUACCGCCUGCUCUCUGCCAUCUACAGCAAGCAUGGCAACUACACAGAGGCUCUUUUGGCUCUGGACAUGGCCCUGCAGCAGAAUCCCAGUGAUCUGAGAGUGAGGGCAGAAUUGUAUUUUUCUAAAGGAAACCAGCUGAGAGAGAUGAACCAGCUGGAUAAAGCCUUUGAGAAUUACAAGUUGGCUGUUGAUCUGAAGCCUGACCAGUCUCAGGCCUGGAUGAACAUGGGAGGGAUUCAGCACAUCAAGGGAGACUAUGCAGCUGCCAGGAUGUACUAUGAGCGGGCCCUGCAUCUGAAUCCUGGUUCCAAACUUCUCAAGGAAAAUCUGGCAAAGCUGGACCGGCUGGAGAAGAGACUGACAGGUGGAGCAUAACGUGGCAGACGUGAAAAUUGUUCUGAAGAAGUCAGCAGCUUGCUCUAGGAGAGGACAUGUGCCAGGUCACUGCAUCGUCCAACCUUUUCACAAACAGCAGGAGAGAAGGCUUGCUGGUACAUCUGUGUGCAGCAGAAUGAAAUGGAGAAUAACACAGAAAAUCACUGGAAGUUCUGUGACUUCAUAAGCUUUGUUUAUCAUGAUUUAAUUUAUUAGUGUUGCCUAUUUAGAUGCAGAGUUAUUUUCUAAAUAAGUAGAUUCACCAAUUGUAAUUUAGUCCUCUGCUUUCAGGCAUCAUUCCCAUAUUUAUUAGUUCAAGAAAGUGAAAAGAAUCAGAAAAGGUUCUGACCUGUAGGGAACAUGUUUGAAAUCAAGUCAAAAGGACAUUCUGAAACAAAGGUUUGUGUGCAAGAGAAUGGUGUUGAUGUCACCAUCAAACUUCUCAAGGCAAGUUUAAAAGUGACAAAAUGCAUCGUUGGUCUCUCUUCUGGACUCCACAGACGAUGGGGUGAUGGUGGUAGGAGAUCGUCCCUCAGUUGUUGGGUUCUCACUCCAUCCACCUCUGUUGUUGUGCUGUUGGGCAAGAUGUCACCCACCUUGCCUGCUGAUGGUGGUCACAGGGCCUGGCUAGUGUUUUGUUGCCUCCUCUCUGUCACAGUGCGACUGGGGCAGCUGUGGCUAGUGGCUACUAUCCAGUAACUUGCCAUCAGUGUGUAAAUGGGUGAAUGUAGUUUGGGAUCUAUUGAACUUGAUAAUAUAUAAGUUCACAUUUGUACAAUAGAAUGAGAGUUGCAUUCUACUGAACUCAGAAUUCUUUCAGGCUGUAGCUGAAACUUACCACUGAAUGCAUAGUGGUCACAGAUGACCACUGAUGACAAAACUCCACAUCAUCAAGUCAGGAAUGCAGAGCUUACCCAAGCUUUAUUUUAUCUUUAAGUUGUGAAUCAAUCACAAGAGUUGUGUUUGAGUGUGUAAACCAGGAUGCCCAACAUGUAGAUGGCAAUCGACCUGAAUUGAUUUUUUCCACAGACACAUCCUGAUGGAGAAGUGGAUGUAAUUCUCAAGUAAUGAUCAAAACUGUUAAUAUAGUAACAUGUGUAUCUAUUAAUUGAUGCAACUGAAGAAAUUAUUUUCAAAAUUGAAACAAAAGGAUGCCCGCCAUAGCUCAGGGCCAUGACAAUCACUGCCAAGUUGUCUGACUCUUAUAGGGUGAGGCUUUCCCAGCAGCAGAAUGCUUUACUUAUGCUGGCUUUUCUGCAAAGGACAGAUCAAGACAACCAUCACUCAUACACUUCAGUAAGAGAUAACUUGUCCUAUAAAAUAAGUCAAUAGUUUCAUUUACACUUUUUACAUCUUUGUGUGAUGUGGAGUACUCAGCCACUUGAUGAGAGAAAAAGUAACUCUUGGUCUCAAAUCAAUUGGGCACCUUUGGUUUAAACAGUUGACUCAAAUAAGACCUUUGUUCAUUUAGCUGCUGUUCUUUAUGACCCAUCAUUUCCUUUUUCUCUUUAAUAAGUUUUACUUAUGUCAUCAGAAAAUGAUUUAGGUGUUUGGUUUACAAUUUACUCAUCUAUUCUGGAUGGACUUUAGCAUAGGGGAAUCAUUUAGAUUAAAUACCAGCUGACAUGAACAAUCAGGUUGCCUGAAUUAAACCAGGAUUCAGAUUUAUGACUUGUUUUCCUCUUCGCUCUUCCAAAGAUGAACUUUUACCACGAAAGAGCAAAAUACCUUACUAAGGGUUCAUUGUGAAUCUGCUCCUGUUGAAUAAAUCUUGAUAUGCCAUGGUCAGUCCCAGAGGUGGAUCUUCAGAUUUAUUUGGUUUUUUUUGUCACAAAAGAGAAGGGAUUCCAAUCUAUUGCACCUCUCAAGUGCUGAGAGGUGCAAAGGGUACAAGUGUAACAUUUUCUUUUUGUAGUUUGGAAAGUGAAAUGCCACUGAUAAAUGCUGCAUCCCUUGGAGAGGGGCUGACUUUGAGCCUAUGGUCCCAAAUCAUCUGCAGCUUUAAUAAGGAGCUGUGUUUUUUUCCAGUUCAUCUUGUGGCUUUGUGCUUUAAAACCUCAGUAGUUUGCUAAUUGAAUGCUUGUUUUGUGAACACUGAUUUGAAUGUGAUUGGAUGUUGUGAUAUGAUUAAGAGAUGUAAAGGAAGUGACCAGGACAAUGAUGUAAUUGCUCCA